AAUUCAAACUUUUAAAGAACGCGCCAUCAUGCUCGGUCGUGCCAACAUAAUAAUUGUUCUCAUAAUAAUGUUCAUGCCAAGGAGUUUCAUUGAAGGAGUGAUGCAUCCUGCUGCGUCGAUAGAGAAACCAAUGACGUGUGAAGAAUUUGGCCAAAGUGCGAGGUUCAAUCCGUAUUCGGUGCUCGGAGAUGUGUGGAUGGCUUUCUACUACUGGGCCCCCCAUGAGGGGAAAAUAGAGUUUAAGUUCGUGUACCCAAAACCAAGAGAGAGAGCCUUCCUCCGAGAGUUGCUGAGUGACCAGCACGUGACAGUCCCUGUGAAUUGGACAGCGCGAUUCGUGGUCAUGGAAGACCAGGGGACGCGCGAGUCUCUACUGCUGGUGGAGAAUGGCGACAGGGGACAGUACUGGCUCUAUCCUUUUGCCAGGGGAGUGGAAAAAGAGACCAAGGUAGAACCUUUAGAAAUACGAAUCAAACAGACCAGCAAUAAUAAAUACAUCGGCCUAAUGUAUUGCAAGAGAGAGACAGUAUACGUCUUGGUCAGACGGACCGAGAUUCCCCCUAAAGCCAAGAUCCAGGACGCAGCGGCCUGCAUCGGCUACCGCGGCAGGGGAGGCAGGUCCUACUUGUACCAGGGACACCACUGGAUGCCCAUAGGGGAGGCAGACGAGGACGAAUACUGGAACCCCGAGAAACAUUACAAAAAACACCAGGAGGAGCUCCGACAGGCCGAAAAAUUGUUAAAAAUGGAGAAAAGGAAAAAAAGGAAUAUGAAAAAUGAAGCAGAUGAUUUUAAGGUAGAGAAGAACAUACUACUGUAGAGGAUUGUGAUGCAGGAUUUGGAUAUUCUGUUUUCGACCUUGAUACAAGUUAGCAAGGUUGAUUGUGCCUUAGAUUUACUAAUCUAUUUACAUAUUUACUUUUUUUAAAUUACAGG